CAUCGUUGCCGUCGUGGGCAGCCGACCCCAUACAGGUCGCUCCCUGGUGCGUGGGAGUCAGAGGCCGGAAGAAGAUCCACGCCGUGCUAAAAGGGCACUCGUGCUGGGGUCUGAACAGCUACCAGAGUGAUAAGUAGUUGCCGGCUUGCCCCCCUCUUUUUCAAUACGGACAGAAAGGGGGAGGUGACAUUGCAAGCCGAAGUGAACUGGCCGCACCCGAGAUCUCCCCCACAACCCUAUUCUUCUUACCCCGGAUUUGGACUCCACAUCCCUUGACAGUCCACGUCGAUCAUUUGGCCUCUGACAUCUGCACGAGCCACGAGCCAAGUGAGGGGCCCAGCCCGCAGCUUAUAAGGAGCUUGGCCAGGAGGAUCUCCUCAGUGUCCCCACCCGCUACAUUACUCACCCGACAAUUGUGAGGAGACGACAUCACUUUAUGGCGACCAGAGACCCUAAAUCCUCGGUGGGGACGGUGCAGAAGAUUAUGGAUGAGGAUAAUCAUCCUCAUCGUUCGUUGGGCCAUGUUCGCCUGCGCCAUCAUGAAACCAACGAGGUUAUUCUGGUCCCUACUCCGUCGGAUGACCCAAACGAUCCACUACGAUGGUCUACCUCGUACAAGAUUUAUAUUGCCAUUCUUGUCUCUCUCGCUAUGGUGAUGUGCAACUUCAUGUCUGCCGGUCCGACCGUCGCUAUGGUGGAUGUCGCGGCAGAUUUCAACUCGAGUGUGUCUCGCGCAGCCUACUUUUUUAACAACAGUGCGCUGCUGCAGGGCGUCUCCAACUUGAUUUGGGUUCCACUCCUCAACAAGUACGGUCGGCGGCCCAUCUACAUAUCAGCAUACCUGCUCUAUUUCUUCAUGAUCUUGGGAGCCGGGCUGGCAAAGACCUAUGCCGGUGAGCUCACCACCCGUACCAUCCUGGGUGUCGGUGCAGGGGCAGGAGAGUGUCUGGCCCCGGUCACCAUUGCCGAUGUCUUCUAUCUCCACCAGCGCGGUUAUGGCAUGGCAAUCUACAACUCCGCCUUGAGCGCGGGUGUCUCCUUUGGCAUCAUCAUCUCUGGCCUGGUGACGAUCAACCACUCCUGGCGUGUGAUAUACUGGGUCGGCUGCGCACUUGUUGGUACUCUGUGGAUUGUGGUUGUCUUCUUCUUCCCCGAGACCGCAUUUCGUCGAACCGAUAAUGCGGAUGAUGUUUACAACACGCAGAAGCAUGCCGAGCAUGUCGAGUCCCGGGGAGAAGAGAGACUUUCCCGCAGACAGAGCUAUCUGCAGAGUCUGCGCUUUUGGUCCGGUCACACAUACACAGACGAAUCCCUAUGGCGGAUGUUCAUCCGACCUUUCGGUCUCAUUCUGCUGCCUCCGAUCUUCUGGGCCACCAUCGUCAUGUCCGUGACAAUCGGCUUCCUCGUGGCGGUCACAUCAAACUUUGCCACUGCUUUUAGCGAAACGUAUGGGUUUGCUGCCUGGCAGAGUGGAUUGUGCUUCAUUGCCGGCAUGCUGGGCUGUUUCUUCGGUACCUUUGCGGGAGGGCCCUUUUCUGACUGGGUGGCCGACUAUCUCACCAAGCGCAACGGUGGUAUUCGAGAGCCGGAAAUGCGUCUGCCCGCUAUUAUCCCGAGUGUGAUUGCUGCACCACUGGCGCUGCUGUUGUACGGCUUUGGAAUCGAUCGCGCCUGGCAUUGGAUUGUGCCCACCAUUGGCCUAGGCUUAUUAUCAUUUGCCAUCAGUCAAGGGACAAAUGUCUCGUUCGUGUAUUGCGUUGACGCUUACCGACCGGUGGCUGGUGAAGUCGCCGUCACUCAGCUGGCUUUCAAAUCCUGCUUCGGGUUCCUGCUAUCUUUCUAUACCAACCCCUGGAUUGCCGAAUCAGGCUAUGCGGCCGCCUUUGGCGCCAUGGCGGGCAUUUCGGGAGGCUGUCUGCUGUUCUUUAUCCCGUUGUAUUUGUGGGGACGGCAUAUUCGCAUGGCAUCGAUGAAGUGGCCCUUCGUCCAAUUUGUGUUCUGGAAGGAUGAUCGGGAGGUUGGGGAGUAGUGUGCAAGAUGGGGGAAAGAUGAGGAGUGAAAAUAGCCUUCCUUUGCUUUCAAACGGAUGGAGCAGUUGUAGCGCCUU